UUUUUUCUUCAUUAUCCCCUUCCAAGAAGCAGCCUCUUUGUGCCUAUUUUUUCCUAAAUCAGUACCUAUUUAUACCUCUCAAACAAAUUCCAUUUCUCAUUCACUUUAUCAUCGUACUAUUUACUACUUUCUAGUUGAAAUCUAAGGUUCUGCUGAUCAAGUUAGUUAUCGUAAACUAAUUUGAGAUUGAGGCGUAGUUAUGAUAAUGAAUAACAAGAAACAAAAGAGAAAAAACGAUCAUGGAUCGAAGAAGUCAGAUGUCAAAGUUGUGUACAUUUCUACUCCGAUGAAAGUUAAGACAAGUGCCUCGAGAUUUAGGUCACUUGUGCAAGAACUCACGGGACGGGACUCGGAUAUAGCGAGAAUUAUGGAGACUAAUGGGUCGAUAACGGAGUAUGAAGAUAUUCAUCGUGAACGCGAUGAUUUUAAUGAACUUCCAGCAAAGUCGUCAUCACUAUCACCAUCACCAUCACCAUCAUCGUCAUCGUCUUUGCUGCUAGCAAAAUCAUCUAAUUCAUCUCCUAUGAGUUCAGAAUCUAAUAAUUAUUUUAUGGAGCCUAAUUUUGAUGAUUUAUUUAACAGCCAAAUGGAAGAACAAUUCCUUGCUUUAUUGGCUUCAUCAAAUUAUAAUUUGCCACCUAGAAGUAGUGAUUAUUCGGCUGAGAUUGAUGUACUUGGAAGCUAUGAUGCACUACUUUAGAUUUAUUUUAUUUUAUUUUAUUUUUGGAUAAUUAGGUGGGUAGAUACGAUCGACUUAAUUAAGAGGUGUAUGUAUAUAUAUAUGUAUGUAUUGUUUUUAUACUAAGCGGAUAUUGUUUA